AUGUGUUCGAAGAAAAAUGAUAUCAAAAACAUAAAAUUAAAAAAUACACAUUUCUCAAAUUUAAAUAAUUGCUUAAAAGUAAAGUACAAUUACAACGGAGACAAGUUAGACCUGGCCAAGUUAAACAAGGAGCAUCGAAAAUCUCUAUACAUUAAUAUUAAAUAA